AUGAAACGGACGUAUUCGUCUUUACUUCAAUCAUCGAAACGUAGUAAAUCUUCAACUGAGUUAGAUACUGUAAUAACAGCAAAAGUUGACAAUUCUGUUCUUCGUUCGGACACCUAUAUUGCUUUAACUCAUCUUAUUGAUCAAUCAAAAGCUGCAUUUAUUACUCAUCGUAUACCUCCACUAUAUUUUAAACAUCAGUUAUAUAAUCUUGUAUCAUCACGUACAAAUGUUGAUCGUGAUAUUCAGAAAUUAUUUGAACUAAAUACAAUUCGUUUAUUUCAUAGUGAUUUGGGUGAUAUUAUUAUGUUCACCGAUGAUUAUCGUCUACUCAUUGAAGCACAAUUUGAACAACUAUCUUUAUCAACAUUUGAAUUAAAACAAGUGACAAAGAAAUUUCUCAGUGAACUUUUACCAAAUUGCUUUCGUUUAUCAAUUGAUCGAGAUUUAUUAGACGAAAAAUAUGAUUUAAAAAAGUCCGAUAUUCAAUUGUUAAUUCAAUUAGGUGUUUUAUUAGUUAGAGAUAUUGAUCACUUUUGGUUUUCAGUACCGAAUAUUGCCAAAUUUAUAUCAGUUGUUAAGAGGGGAAGACGAAUGUUACUUCAUACGUUGCGAAUGAGAAAAUAUCGCGAGAUACCGUUGAAUGAAUUAAAAGAACGUGAUAUGAAAAAACAAUGUCUAUUUGGAUUUGAUUAUCAUUUGAAUGAUUUAAUCGGCUCUAAUUUAGCAACUAUAAUUGAUACACCAACGGGAAGUGUCGUUAAAUUCGAUGCAGAUAAAUCUUAG